GGGCGACGUCAAUGUAAUGCGCCGUGGAGCGUUGAAUUAGCGGAGGAAAAGCCGCGUCUCGGGUCGUGAAACUGUUUCUAUCCGCAGUUGGAUUUAAACUCUGCCUCUGUGUUUUAUAACACUCCGUUUGUGAUCGUAGAGACCGACGCUGUACUUCCCCAUCGGUUGACAGACCCUCGGUUUAACAACGUGAGCCAGCCAGCGCCGAAAAUACGCUACUUGUUUUUAUUCUACAGUUUUGAGGAGAAAGAAAAUAUGACAACUCUAACAAGGCAAGACCUCAAUUUUGGACAAGUGGUUGCUGACAUCCUGUGUGAGUUCCUGGAGGUCGCUAUUCAUCUCAUCCUGUAUGUCCGAGAAGUUUAUCCCUCUGGAAUAUUUCAGAAGAGGAAGAAAUACAAUGUACCUGUGCAGAUGUCAUGUCACCCAGAGUUGAAUCAGUAUAUCCAAGAUACACUUCACUGUGUAAAGCCACUCAUUGAGAAGAAUGAUGCAGAGAAGGUGGUAGUGGUCAUCAUGGACAAAGAGCAUCAUCCAGUAGAGAGAUUUGUGUUUGAGAUUUCCCAACCUACACUGCUGUCCAUCAGCUCCGACACAUUACUGUCACACGUGGAGCAGCUGCUGAGGGCAUUCAUCCUGAAGAUCAGUGUGUGUGAUGCUGUUUUAAAUAAUAACCCACCAGGGUGUUCAUUUACAGUUCUAGUACAUACCAGAGAUGCUGCUACACGCAACAUGGAGAAGGUUCAAGUCAUCAAGGAUUUUCCAUGGAUAGUUGCUGAUGAGCAGGAGGUCCACAUGCAGGAGCCUAGACUCAUCCCACUGAAGACCAUGACAUCUGACAUAGUAAAAAUGCAGCUCUACGUAGAAGAGAGAGCUCAGAAAACGUAGGUCCUCGCUCUGCAGGAAGAAAGGAGCGUCACUGCUGCAUGAGCCAAUGUGAGAGCUGAGACGGGCGGAAGGAGACAUGAGUUUUUGUUGAUCAUCAAGAAACAGAUGUGGAAUGUUGUUUGUGAGGUGUGUACAUUUAGCUGCAGAUGGGGUUAAGGGAUGCACUGUUUAAUUGCUUUCAAUGCAGAGCUUCACUGUUACAUGAUGCCCCAAAUGUUGCACCAUGGCAAUACAAUUCCAGGGGAUAUUUAAUAUAUCACUAUAAUAAUACUGGUUAUCAGUGGCUUCUAUCAGGUACCAGUUUAACCCUCAGUCAUCUUCUAUCUUCACUGUAAAAUAUUCACUCUGUUUCUCUUUGUAGGGAACUUACAGUUUACUUGUAGGGCUAAUGCCCCCUAGAGGCUGUCUUUUCACCUCCACAGGGAGGUCAGAGGUUACAUCACCUUGCUCUGUCAUGGCAGUAUUGUGCAUGCUGUUGGUCAGGAAUGCGGUGUGAAAGUUUUGGGUGGAUUCCUGUGGAAUAAAAUGGAUCUUGGUGUGUUUUCUUAUGCACAUUUGUAACCAUGUUUGCUUCCAUUGUUAUGUGAAAAAUUCAAAAUGUUCAUGUUGUGACAGAGGAAAGUUUUUACUGCUGAUAACAAUGUUAUUUGAUAUAUGUGAAAAAUUAUUGAAUUGUAAUAAAACCAUUUUAAAGUGCCAA